AUGGCCGAAGACGAGUUCGACUUGGGACAGCUGUCCACAAGCCAACAAGAUGCUCUGAACCAAUACACCCAAGUCACAAACCAGGAGCUCAACGAGGCUAUCCCGUUGUUACGACGGUCAGAAUGGAAUGUUCAGAUCGCAAUCGCCAAGUUCUUCGACGGCGAAGCUCCCGACCCGCUCGCCGAGUCACUUGCUACACAAGAUAUUCCUCGAUCAUCCGCACGACAUGAAAACCUUCAAGAAAGCUUGUUAUCUGCCGCCGCGCGACCGCACCGAGGAUCGCAAAGACAACGCACCGACCCCGCCCCCAGAAUCGUGCCCCAGAGCCCAGUGACGGGGCGAUCGCCGUGGCUCAUUGGACUUCUCCUCGCACCAUUCGGAUGGGGUUGGAAGGCGGCAUCGACCCUGUUCCGCACGCUCAUCUAUGCACUGUCGUUUUUACCGGCAUCAGUCCGUCCGCGCGCAGUCACCAGCCGAAUCUCGACCGGCUUCAGGGGCACCAACGGCCGACGGCCACUUAUGCCCCGAGACACAGCAGCAAGGUUUAAACGCGAAUUCGAGGAAGAGUACGGAGAAAACGAACUACCAUUCUUCGAGGGUGGGGUAGCGCAGGCGCAUGACCUGGCCAAAAAGGAGCUCAAGUUCAUGUUGGUCGUCCUCAUGUCCCCCGAGCACGACGACACCGAGUCAUUUGUCAAGGAAACCCUUCUUUCUAAGGAAGUGACAGACUUUAUCAAGGACCCUACCAACAAUAUCGUGUUAUGGGGCGGCAAUGUGCUGGAUUCAGAAGCCUAUCAGGUUGCCACCGAAUACAACUGCACCAAGUUUCCCUUUUCGGCCGUGGUAUGCCUUACUCCAAAGGAGGGCAGCACCCGAAUGGGAAUUGUGAAGCGGCUCGUCGGACCUUUGCCCCCCGCCACUUACCUUUCGGAGAUAAGAGCCGCCAUUGAGAAGUACGGGUCUGACCUGGACGGAGUUCGGGCAGAACGAACGGUGCAAGAGGUCACGAGAAACCUUAGGACAGAGCAAGAUUCGGCGUAUGAGCGAUCAUUGGCCAUUGACCGAGAACGUGCGCGCCAAAAGCGGGAGGCCGUGGCUGAGGCCGCGGCAGCGGAGAAGAGGGCCCUAGAAGAGGCCGAGGCGGCGGUGAGGUUGGAAGAGAAGCGACAGGAGUGGCGAGCAUGGAGAGCCACGACGAUCCUUCCUGAACCUACGGCUAGCGAUAAGAGCGUCGUCCGGGUCGCGUUAAAGAUGCCCGAGGAGUCCGGCAUCGGCCGAAUUGUCAGACGGUUCCCGCAGGAUGCGCCCUUGGAGGAGCUCUACGCAUUUGUGGAGUGCUAUGAGAUUCUGCAACAGGAGGGCGAAGAUGUGAGCGGUGACAAGCCUGAGGACUACGAUCAUGAGUUCAAGUUCCGGAUCGCAUCGAUCCUCCCGCGAAUGGUUUACGAGCCCAGCGCGACAGUGACGAUGGGACAAAAGAUUGGCAGGUCUGGAAACCUGAUUGUGGAGGACAUCACCCCGGAAUCGGAAGACGAAGACGACGAUGAUGACGAGGACGAUGAGGCUGAGGAUGAGGACUAA